CCUGUGAUGCCUCCCUCGUGCUGUGGCUAUCUGUCACAGUUCACCCAUCAUCACCUGGUUGUCUUUCUCCUCACCUUCUUUAGCUAUGUGUUGCUGCACGCCUCCAGGAAAACUUUCAGCAACGUGAAAGUGAGCAUCUCGGCCCAAUGGACGCCGUCCAUCCAGAACGACAGCGCCACGGCGUUCCUUCCCGAUGAGACGUGGCAGGACAACCGUCUUUUUGCUGACGAGAAGCAGGCCACGCUGUUUCUGGGCGCCCUGGACUCCAUCUUUCUCUUCUCGUACGCAGUGGGUCUGUAUCUGAGCGGCGUGAUCGGGGACCGGGUGAACCUGCGUUACGUGCUCUGCUUCGGUCUGUGCGGCUCUGCCGUUGUGGAGUUUGUGUUCGGCACCGUGACGGAGUGGCUCCACAUCUACAAUGUCUACCUGUACUGCGGCCUGUGGGUGCUGAACGGCCUGCUGCAGUCAGCUGUCUGGCCCUGCGUGGUGGCCGUCAUGGGCAACUGGUUCGGCAAGACGGGGAGGGGCUUUGUGUUCGGCUUGUGGAGCGCCUGCGCGUCUGUUGGGAACAUCCUGGGAGCGUUCCUGGCUUCAAGUGUGCUCACGUACGGCUACGAGUACGCGUUUAUGGUGACGUCUGUGGUGCAGUUUGCCGGCGGGGUGGUGGUGUUCUUCGGCCUGCUCAACUCCCCAAAAGAAAUCGGUUUGAUGGAGUCGGAGCUCGGCCCGGUUGAGACGGACUCGGACAGCCACAGGCCCCUGAUGAGUGACGAGGAGGAGGAGGUGGUGGAGGAGGAGCACAUCAAGCAGUGCCAGUCGGUCCAGCAGUCGGAUGAAACUGUCAUAGAGUGUCAACAAGCCGUCGGCUUCUUCCAGGCGUUCAGUCUGCCUGGAGUGCUGCCCUAUUCCUUGGCUUACGCGUGUCUGAAGUUGGUCAACUACUCCUUCUUCUUCUGGCUGCCGUUCUACUUGAGCAACAACUACGGGUGGAAGGAGGCCGAGGCCGACCGCCUGUCUGUGUGGUACGACGUCGGUGGGAUCGUCGGUGGGACGGUUCAGGGUCUGAUUUCUGAUUUCCUGGGAAAAAGAGCUCCGGUGUUGGUUUUCAGCCUGGCGAUGGCGAUGGGAGCCCUGGUGGGGUACAGCAGAUCGCCCAACGACCAGGUCAUAAACGCUGUCAUCCUGGCUACCACUGGCUUCUUCAUCGGCGGCCCGUCCAACAUGAUCAGCUCGGCCAUUUCCGCUGACCUGGGGAGGCAGGACGCCCUGAGGGGCAGCCAGGAGGCUCUGGCAACCGUCACCGGGAUCGUGGACGGAACCGGAAGCAUCGGAGCUGCUGCAGGACAAUACUUGGUGUCGCUGAUCGAGAGCAAGCUGGGCUGGAUGACCGUCUUCUACUUCUUCGUUGUCAUGACAGGUGGAAGCAUCCUGUUCAUCACGCCACUGCUGGUACGGGAGCUACGAGCGUUGUGGAGAGACAGACGAGCGCGGCGACGCCAGCUGUGACGCCAGC